CACGCCGCUACCCUCGCGUCAGUUGUCGCUCCGCGCCUGCGCCCGUUGUCUCCCUGCUCGCUCCGGGUCCCGAGGCCGCGCCAUGUGGGCUGCGGCGGGCGGGCUGUGGCGCUCCCGCGCGGGUCUCCGGGCGCUGUUCCCUAGCCGCGAUGCUGCGCUAUUUCCAGGCUGCGAGCGGGGACUUCACUGCUCUGCUGUCUCCUGCAAGAACUGGCUCAAGAAAUUUGCCUCGAAAACCAAAAAAAAGGUUUGGUAUGAAAGUCCUUCCUUGGGUUCUCACUCGACUUACAAACCAUCCAAGUUGGAAUUCCUCAUGAGGAGCACCUCAAAGAAAACCAGGAAGGAAGACCAUGCGCGCCUGAGGGCCCUGAACGGCCUCCUCUAUAAGGCAUUGACAGACCUGCUGUGUACCCCUGAAGUGAGUCAGGAGCUGUAUGACCUUAACGUGGAGCUCUCCAAGGUUUCCCUGACUCCAGACUUCUCAGCCUGCCGAGCGUACUGGAAGACAACGCUCUCUGCUGAGCAGAACGCACACAUGGAGGCUGUCCUGCAGAGAAGUGCCGCGCACAUGAGGCACCUUUUGAUGUCCCAGCAGACCCUGAGGAAUGUGCCACCGAUAGUGUUUGUUCAAGACAAGGGAAGUGCAGCUCUAGCUGAGCUUGAUCAGUUACUGGCAGUCGCAGACUUUGGACCCCGGGAUGAAAGAGACAACUUUGUACGAAAUGAUUUCAGGGACCCUGAUGCCCCACAACCCUGCGGUAUCACAGAGCCGGCCACAAGCUCCAGUCUGUGUGGGAUCGAUCAUGAGGCGCUCAACAAGCAGAUUAUGGAGUACAAAAGGAGGAAAGAUAAAGGGCUCCGGGGCCUGGUGUGGCAGGGGCAGGUGGCUGAGCUGACAACGCAGAUGAAAAAGGGAAGGAAGAGGGCCAAGCCCCGCCUGGAGCAGGACAGCUCCCUCAAGAGUUACUUGUCAGGCGAGGAGGUUGAAGAUGACCUGGACCUGGUUGGUGCCCCGGAGUACGAAUGCUAUGCCCCGGACACAGAGGAGUUGGAGGCAGAGAGAGGAGGUGGCAGAACAGAGGAUGGCCACAGCUGCGGAGCAACCAGGGAGUAGAUGGAGAGGCAUCAGCUCUGCCCAUCCCACGUUUGCAGGGAAAAGCAUUGGCACGCGACGCAGCAUGUGGCUUCAUUGAGGCAGUUGAUGGAGUUAAACCAUCUGCUCUUCUGCUACUUCAACAUUUUCUAGCUUUUCCGUGUAGCUAAACAAAAUUUGCUACACAAGUCACUGUUUUUUUUCCAUACACUGUGUGUAAUUUAAAAAUUAAAUGGCCAUCUUAUCACAGAUUCUCACAAAAAGAAAA